CGCUAGCAAGUACUUCCGCUUCCGGCUCAUUAUUCCGGAAGUUGCCCCUGAGCUAGCGUGCGACUUAGUGUGGUCUUUGUGAGCUUCCACCAUGGCGUACCGCGGCCAGGGUCAGAAAGUGCAGAAGGUGAUGGUGCAGCCCAUCAACCUCAUCUUCAGAUACUUGCAAAAUCGAUCUCGGAUUCAGGUGUGGCUUUAUGAGCAAGUGAAUAUGCGGAUAGAGGGCUGUAUCAUUGGUUUUGAUGAGUAUAUGAACCUCGUAUUAGAUGAUGCAGAAGAGAUUCAUUCUAAAACAAAGUCACGAAAACAACUGGGUAAGAAUAUCAACGGCCUUAAUGAAUUGUGACAUUUUUAUUCACUGGCAGAAUUGAAUGACUUGUGACUCAGUCCAUGAUUAAACCUAGUUUGCAUUUGAGUAGUUAGUAUUCGGGAAAGUAGUAUACUUUUGAAAUCAUUCUCUACCACUUACUCCUUGUCCGCUCCAUUUCUACUACUGUCUCUCCAUUCAGACAGCUCACACCAAGAUCACUAAAGAUUUAUUAGUGGUGUCCUUUUACUUGUAGGAUAAGAAAAUAUUUAAUGCAUUCACAGCUCCUUCAUGAUACGUUCUUAUCUCCCUUUGCUUGUUUUGUAACACACUGCCUCAUUUUCUGAACUUUUUUUUUUUUUUAAGAUUUAUUUAUUUAUGCAUACAAGAACUGAGGUAUAGGCCAGAGGUGUGGGGGCUGAGAGGGCAAGACAGGAGAGAUCUGCUGCACCAUAUGGGUCAGCUCCAUGGCCGGCCGGGGAUUGAACUCGUGCUGCAGUGGCUGGCAAUAGUGUGAUAGCUCUGUCUUUAACACAUGCCACCAGGGAGACCCCCAUUUUCUGAACUUUUGCCAUAUUUGUUUUCUUUGAGCCCUUUGAAUUGCCCUGCCAUAAGUCCUGAAGUGUCUUUAGGACUCAGAUCAAAUGUUAGUCCCCCCCUGAGUUGUUUUGGUUUUACUUGGAGUGGGGAGGGGGAGGACAGGGUGUGCUCUGUAGCAAAACUCUGUCCGCUAGACCAGAUUCUUCAUAAAUGCACGAGUCAUGUCUCUUGCUCUCUAAUAUGCUCAGUGCUCAACUCAGUAAGGCACUGCCUGGCAUUUAGUUGAAACUCAAAAGUAUUUGAACUGUGGAUAUAAUUUUUUAACCCAGUUGAUAAAGAGUCUUUAGAAAUAUAAAGCCUAUCUAGACAAAUUUAUUUCUGUUACUGUCCAAUUAACUUGAAGUUUGCUGAGCGUCCACACUGAAUACCCUGGUUCAUGGCUCGCUAGCCAUUUUAUUACAGUGGGUUUCAGGUAUCUCUUUUUUCCUGACUCUGAGGAUGCAGGAGUCUGGUAGAUAAGUAAGAGUAGAUUUUUGAGAAGUGAGAGAAUAUUUUACUAUGCUUUUUCCUGCUUAGGCCAUUUUAGAUGGAAAUUGGAAUAUUUCAAAUUUAAACAUACCUUGCCACAAGGACAAGCUAGCCUUACGACGUGUUUGUAAGUUACUUGCAAAAUGUUGAGUUUCCAUGGAAAUGCCCACCUGUAGAAUAGGCUUAACUUGCUCUUGUAGGAGACUGGUGAAUUUAACCACAUUUGAGGUUGAUUAGCAUCUCUCAGAGUGUUUACUGACUACAGGUGUCCUAAAGAUUAUGGAUACUUCUCAGGAAAAAAGUGUCCUCUUUUCACAUAAGUUUAGGAAAUGUUGGAUAAAACAAACAGCUUUGUUUAUUUCUGGAUGAAACAUAGGUUUGUUAUAUCAGGGCAAAGUUUUUAAUAAGAGUUCUAAGAGUUGGGUUUACAUGCUGCAGUCACUAAAUUUGGCAUAAGACUAACUCAUUUUCAGUUUUACAGAAGCUCAGAGCAUGGGGAAAUUUGGGGGGUAGACUGUUCAGUUGACUUAGUGUCUGGAUAUUGUACUGUUGAUAAAAUAAUCUGCCUUCAUUAGGUCGUGGUUGAAAUUGUACGAGUGCUCUGAUAUGCACACCUUUCAGAACGUGGAUACGUGAAAAUAUUCACAGAUUUCAUGAGAGAAGUCAUUGUCAAAAUGUUGCUUGAGAGCAAUCCAAAAUACUGAGGCUAAAAAGUGGUUGCACGAUUGUCUGGGUGGCUAUUAAUAGUUCUUUUUUUUAUUAUUUUGUAUUGCAGGUCGGAUCAUGCUGAAAGGUGAUAACAUUACCCUGCUCCAAAGUGUCUCCAACUAGAAAAGAUCAAUCAAGUGAGGGAUGGUUGAGAAGAUAAUUCAGUUAGCUUUUUUUACCUGUUCUUUAUUGGGACGAUAGUUCUGAAGCAUUUGUUCCUAUUGUUUGGAUAACCCUUAUGUUAUUACCAGAUGGCAAUAAAUUCUGUGGAAUUGUUUUUAUUUAAAAAUUGACAUUGUUUCUUUCUAUCCAGUGGUAGAAACGUGUACAACAGCACUGCUAGCUGUUAGUGUUUAUGGUUUCUGAAGGUUGGGAGUUGUUGGCAGUUGCUUUCUAGGAGGUUGACAUAUAGAUUCUUAAGGCAGAAAGUAAGAAUUCUACCUGAUAGGAAAGUGGCUGAAAAUGGGCAGGUUCACAAAAAUAAACAAAGGUUGUUGCACUAAUACAAGUCUUUGUCUUCAGUUCUGAUGCUGGAAGACUAGCGUUUCUAACCAUUUUAUUUGUUUAUUUAUUUUUAGAGAUUUGUUUAUUUAUGCAUACAUGAACUGGGGUACAGGCCAGAGGUGGGGGUGGUGAGAGGAUUCACCAGAGACAGAGUGGGGAACAGAACAGGCAGAUUGACUGAAAUACACUGCUGAGUGGGGGACAGAAAAGGCAGAUUGACUGAAAUACACUGCUGAGGGGAACAGUGGGCGAGACAGGAGAGGUCUGCCUCACCAUGUGGGUAGCUCCCUGGCCAGGGAUUGAACUCUGUGCUACAAUGACUGCGGAUAGCUUCAUAGGUUGUGUCUUAACACUUUGCACCACCAGAGAGGCCCUCUAACCAUUAUAAUAACUGCAGUAUUUGCUUAGCACUCUCAUAGAGUCAGUGCUUGAGGACUUUGAGACUCUUUUACCACCAGGAUCAGAAUGUGAGAGAAGUAAUUGCAUACAGGCAAAGAAUGAAGUCCCUUGAAAGUACCUUAAAAACAAGCUCAGCUGAGAGUUAAUGGAAGACUGAGAUUGGUAACCUGAAAAUGCCCUUACCCAGAACUGGUAAGUUGUUAGGGAGAAUAAGUAUAUUACUUGGAGAACUGCCUAUCUCAUUUUUUUCUUUCUUUCUUGUUUUUUGUAUUUUGUUUUUUACAUUUUAAAAGGACAGGUUUAUUAGGAAAAGGAGAAAGAAAAAGAGGCACCUGCAUAGUCACAGGAGAGCUGCUGCUGCUUUGCAAAGGGAAAAGCUUUGUGAAAAAACACCUGCAUAGUCACGGGCGCGCAGGAGAGCUACUACCUGUCUCUAAAUGUAGGGUACCCUCCCAGUAAUCUCGUAUUUUUUCAUUGGACAAAUCUCCCCUCACCCAGUUUUUAGGUUAGAUUGAAUUAUAAUUCUGUUAAAUGACAAUUAGGCAUCUGCUGUUAAGUGCACAGUUGAAUACAUUUGGUGAAACUGACAAAUGGCAUGCUAAGUUGUUGUUUAAACUGGAUCCUAAAAGAUGAAUAAGGUUUGGACCUCCCCUGGUGGCGCAGUGGUUGAGCGCUGAGGUGCGAAGCUGCCUGCAGCCUCUGCAGCACCAUUCAAUCCCCGGCCACCGGCCAGGGUCCCACAUGGCAGGACAGACCUCACCUGCCAUGCCUGCUGCUCUCCUUAGCAGUGUAUUUUGUCAGUCUGCCUGUUCUGUUCCUCGCUCUGGCUGUGGUGAAUUCUCUCACCCUCCCGUGCUUCUGACUGUACCCAG